UGAACCAGGAUUCACAAUAUAAUGCAAAACUCAAUCAAUUAAACCAACCAUCUCAUUUAGCUUUAUUUGUUUUCAGAGAAUAUUAUAUAUAUGCGUCUUGUUUUAUAUUUUUUGGUAAAGAUAUAUACUUUUCAAAAGAAAUUAUUACAUUUUAAACAGCGUUUCGUUUUAUUCCCAUAAAGGUCAAUGCAACUUUUACCGCCAAAUUUCAAAAGAGAAUCGAAACAAAUGGCAAGUGCGUUUGGUCAACGUUUUAAAUGGCUAAAACUUUGCCCCAAAGCGGAGAACCACUUCUGAUUUCUGAAAUAUUUGAUCGUUUGGCAACGGAUGCUGCGUCACUUGAAGGAAAAUCCAUUCGAGUCACUGGGAGACUUCAAACUCACAACGUUCACGACUCCACUGUGAUGGUGACGGAUCCCAAGUCGACAAAGAGCCUCAUUGUGGACACUUCACUAAUCGAGCCGUUUUGUGCCAAGCUUGGAUCGCUGUUUCAGUUCAUCGGAGAAGUCGACUGUCUGUCGGAGGACUGCGAUAUGAAGCUGACGGCUCGAGUCGUGCGCUGUGUUGACGGGUUGGACUUGGUGAUGUACGAGAAAGCACUGGCUGUACAGAGACAGUAUUUGGAACAGAGAAGCUGAGGAGAUUUUAAGUUGUGAUUUUGAUAUGAGUGUUUUAAAGUCAGGUCACAGGUUUUAACGUGCACAUUCAGAACAAGCUGUACAUUGUAGUACGUGACUGUCGUGGGCGCAGGUGUCAUCUUUCGCCAGGACAGAAAAGGGUUUGUGGAUUCCUUCGUGCUGGUAUGUGCAAGGGAGCACAAGCAUCCCAACCCGGGUCGGUAGCGGGCGAGGGUUGGUUUUGGUGCUAUUGAAUUUGCAAAUGUCCUGUAGGAUUAAAGCCAAAUAGAAAUUGUUGUGUAAUUUCAUUAAGGUAAUUUUGACGCAUGAUUCAGAACAGUUCGUUGAAAUUGAAAAUGGAGCUAAUUGGUUGAUUUGACUUCGUUGAUUGAAAGGUAGCUCCUUGCUGUUUUAAAGUCACAGACCUGAGUUUUUAAACACUACCGCGGUCGUCACCACGAGCAAUAUUAUUAUCAAGGCAAGCUGUAGAUCACUCUCCUGAAAUGGUGCCAGGUGAGCUGUAGAUCACUCUCCUGAAAUGGUGCCAGGUGAGCUGUAGAUCACUCUCCUGUAAUGGUGUUAGGCGAGCAAUCACAUGUUCAGAGUUUCAAAUUAACUGCAUAAAACAUUUUAUUGUAAGGUGCUUAACUUAACACACGCCUUCGGAUUUCACGUAAACGAUUGUUACGUGUCUGUAAAAUCACGGAACGGAAAUUUCGUUUCCCAUGAUUAUGAUAUGGAAUAAGACUAUUCAAUGAAAAUAAUUUAAACAGUGUCUGAUGGAUUCCCAUGCAGUGGUGUAGCGAUGUAGGGGAGAGGGGCAAUUUUGUUUUAAUUGUAUUAAAUUUUAUAAAAUCAUACAUACAUAGUGUGGAUUGCCCCCCCCCCCCCCCAAAUAUGGAUCCCCCCACCAAUAUAAAAUCCUGUGUUCCCAUGAUCACAAGGCACGGGACCAAAAAAAAAGUGUUUCCCAUGAAACUUGAAAUCCUAUGGCCUGUAACACUGUCCUAAAACUUUCCAGGCAAGUGUGGAGAAGAGGGGGAGUGCUACCACACAUGUUUUACUGUUAGACCCAUUCUUGAUUUAAAUGAAAUUGGACAUUAUUUACAUUUCAGUGUUUAGAUUAAUAAUUCCUGACACUCGUUCUACUGCAGAUGGUUUUUCUGACACAAGUCUUGAGAAAAUCCAUCGUCAGAGCUUGCUAAAGCUCGUUCCGCUAAAGCUCGCUCCAAGGAUUGAUUUUCUUGAGACGAGUGUCAGAAAAACACACCUACAAGAGCACGAGUGCCAGAAAUAUUUUCUAGUUCAAUUAGUCUUAUAAUUAUUAUAAAAUUCACUGCAUUUUACUUUGUUUUGUACCAUGACGUUGUGACCCUGCUCACUUCUGAUAGACAUAUAUUACAUCGCUAGAAGGAAUGCAUGCAGUUUUAAUAUUACGUGACAUCACAUGCUAUCUUUGUUUAUGGAAUGACGUAAUAAACAGGUAGCAACAGC